GCCAUUUUCAGCGGUGAAUCCAUUGAGUGAGGAAGGCGGUACCGGUGCCCGCUUUCUAUUGAAGAUCCUCUGCUUUUGCUGGACUGUCAGCCUCAUUCACCAUGGCUGACAGUGGCAGCGAAGCCGAGGCACAGUCUCAAAAUGUGCAGACUGUCGCCGAUGUAUCCGUUUUUGCAAAUUAUUUACGCCGAGCAAUCCCUGUUAUGCUGGAAGAUGGAGACGACACUCCCAAAGCUUUGCACGAUGCUUUGAAAGAAAAGAACAAACUUGAGGCCAUCAGGAAGUUUCUGAGUGACUCGCAAGUACCUGCUCUUUUAAUACAGAGGUGCAGUAAUAAGGAUGAGGUUGGUGGAGAGGGUGAAGGAGAUGUGGAGGAGGUGAUCACCUAUGAUAUUGCCUCAGAUGUGCAUUUUACCAGUGCAAGAAUGGCAAGCGUGGUCAUCAUCAAGCGUGGCACUAUCAUUGAAGCUGAUAAAAGUAUAGCAUCCCAGAUAAGAUUGAUGAGUCUCAGUGAUGGCUCGGCAUAUGAGACCCUCCACUCCUUUGUUGCCAAUGCAGUGGCACCUUUCUUCAAGUCAUUUGUGAAGGAGUCUGGCAAAGGAGAAAGGGAUGGUGACAAGAUGGCCCCAUCAGUAGAGAAGAAACUGGCAGAGCUAGAGAUGGGUCUGUUACACCUCCAACAAAACAUAGACAUCCCUGAGAUCACUCUCACAGUCCAUCCCACAGUGGGCUCUGUCAUCAAGAAGGCUGCAGAUGAGAGAAGGAAACCAUCAGUGAAUGAUUUUGGAGAUAAGAUAGAAGAUGCACAGUUCCUGAAUGCACUGCAAGGUGGUGUGGGACGCUGGAUUAGGGAGAUACAAAAAGUCACCAAAUUGGACCGAGAUCCAGCCUCUGGUACAGCCCUACAAGAGAUCACCUUCUGGCUCAACCUGGAGAGAGCUCUGCUGCGCAUCCAAGAGAAGCGAGAGAGCCCAGAGAUAGCCCUGACUCUGGAUGUCUUGAAACAUGGGAAGAGGUUUAUUGCCACAGUUGGUUUUGAUACAGACACAGGCCUGAAGCAGGCUCUGGACACAGUCAAUGACUACAACCCACUGAUGAAGGACUUCCCCCUGAAUGACCUGCUGUCAGCCACUGAGCUGGACAGGAUCAGAGCAGCUCUACAGGCCAUCUUUACACACUUGAGGAAGAUAAGGAACACCAAGUACCCCAUACAGAGAGCUCUGCGCCUUGUGGAGGCUAUAUCCAGGGAUCUCAGCACACAGUUGUUGAAGGUUCUUGGUACAAGAAGAUUGAUGCAUAUCCCAUUUGAUGAGUUUGAGAAAGUGAUGGGAGCGUGCUUUGAGGUGUUCAGCACCUGGGAUGAUGAGUAUGACAAGCUGCAGGGCCUGCUGAGAGAUAUAGUGAAGAAGAAGAGAGAAGAACACCUGAAGAUGGUCUGGAGGGUCAACCCUGCCCACAAGAGGCUGCAGGCCAGGCUGGAUCAGAUGAGGAAGUUCCGUCGCCAGCACGAGCAGCUACGCCAGGUGAUAGUGCGUGUAUUGCGCCCAACGACCACAAAGAGAGCUGGCACACCAACCAGUGAUGAAGUGGACAACAAGAUUACUGACAUGCCAGCUCUGGAUGCUGCUGAUGCCAAUGCUAUAGAGGAAGUAAACCUGGCUUACGAGAAUGUGAAAGAAGUGGAUGGACUGGAUGUGUCAAAAGAAGGCACAGAUUCUUGGGAAGCAGCUAUCAAAAGAUAUGAUGAACGCAUUGACCGUGUAGAAACCAGAAUCACAGCUCGGUUGAGAGAUCAGCUGGGAACAGCAAAGAAUGCCAACGAGAUGUUCCGCAUCUUUUCUCGCUUCAAUGCCCUCUUUGUGCGCCCUCAUAUCCGUGGAGCCAUCCGUGAAUAUCAGACACAACUUAUACAGAGAGUGAAGGAUGACAUUGAAUCACUGCAUGAGAAAUUCAAAGUACAGUAUGUGCAGAGCAAGGCAUGUAGGAUGAGCCGUGUGAGGGACCUCCCACCUGUGUCUGGAUCCAUCAUCUGGGCUAGACAGAUUGAGCGCCAGCUGAAUGCAUACAUGCGCCGCGUGGAGGACGUGCUGGGUAAGGGUUGGGAGCAGCACGUGGAGGGACAGAAGCUGAAGGCAGAUGGAGACAGCUUUAAGAUGAAGUUGAACACACAGGAUGUCUUUGAUGACUGGGCUAGAAAGGUGGCAGAGCGUAACUUAGGUGUCUCGGGAAGAAUCUUCGCCAUAGAGAGCACCAGGUCCAAGUCAGGCAAGGGCAACAUCCUGAAGCUGAAGGUGAACUUCCACCCAGAGAUCAUCACACUGUCUAAAGAGGUGCGUAACCUGAAAUGGCUAGGUUUUCGUGUCCCCCUGGCCAUAGUGAACAAGGCCCACCAGGCCAACCAGCUGUAUCCCUAUGCCAUCUCCCUGAUAGAGAGUGUCAGGAGCUAUGAGAGGACAUGUGAGAAGGUGGAGGAGAAGAGCAGUAUCUCACUGCUGGUGGCUGGCAUGAGAAAGGAAGUCCAGACCUUGAUUAGUGAGGGCAUCAACCUGGUGUGGGAGUCCUACAAACUGGAUCCAUAUGUACAGAGACUGGCAGAAAAUGUCUUCAAUUUCCAGGAAAAGGUUGAUGACUUGUUGGCCUCAAUUGAGCUGAUAGACAUAGAGAUCAGGAGUCUGGAGAUGUGUGCCUACAAUGCCAACACUUUCAGUGACAUUCUGGGCAAGAUCCAGAAGGCUGUGGAUGACCUCAGUCUGCACAACUACUCCAACCUGCCACAGUGGGUUAACAAACUGGACCAGAUGGUGGAGCAGGUGCUUGCUGCCCGUCUCCAGGCUGGCCUUCAUGCCUGGAGAGAUGCUCUAGAGGGGAAGGUGGACCAGGAGAUGGACCUCAGCAUGGACACUGAUGCCCCAACACAGGUGACCAAUAAACCUGGAGGAGACCCACAGAUCAAGCCCAUUGUCCAUGAGCUCCGUAUCACCAACCAGCUGAUGUACCUGGUACCUCCCAUUGAAGAGGCCCGCUCCCACAUCAUGCACGAGAUGUUUGAAUGGGAAGCUGUCAUCACUUCACAGAAUAGAAUUCAGCACUCCAGAUACCAGGUUGGCUUAGAUGUGAGCUCAGAAGGAGAAACCACAUACCGUAGCCUGCUGACCAAGCUACCAGAGGGCUCUGGUGUGCUGGAGAAGACAUAUGAAUCCAUUGAUACCAUCUUCAAAGAGGCAAUGGAGUAUGUUGGGGUGUGGCUGCGUUACCAGGCCCUGUGGGAUCUUCAGGGAGAUGCUCUGUACAACAGACUGGGAGACAACUUGAAAGUUUGGAUGUCCACCCUGGAGAAUAUCAAGGCUUCUAGGAAAACCUUUGAUACCUCUGAGACCAAGCAGAUCAUUGGCCCUAUCACUGUAGAGUAUGGCAAGGUCCAGUCCAAGGUCUCUCUGAAGUAUGACUCCUGGCACAAGGAGGUCCUCAGCAAGUUUGGCUCUCUGCUGGGUGAUCAGAUGUCAGAGUUCCAUGGAACUGUGUCAAAGUCCCGCACAGAUUUGGAGGAGCAGUCCCUUGAUACAUCCACCACUGCGGACGCUGUCCAGCUGAUCACCUAUGUCCAGUCUCUGAAGAGAAAGAUGAAGAACUGGGAGAAACAAGUUGGGGUGUACAAAGAGGGCCAGCGCCUGUUGGAGAGGCAACGUUUCCAGUUCCCCAGCACCUGGCUGUACAGUGAUAACAUAGAUGGAGAGUGGGGUGCCUUCAAUGAUAUCCUGAAGAGGAAGGACUCCUCCAUCCAGACCCAGGUGGCCAGCCUACAGAUGAAGAUUGUCUCCGAGGACAAACUGGUGGAAAACAAAACCAUUGAACUGCUGUCAGAGUGGGAGAAAGAGAAGCCCAUUGAGGGUUCUCUGAAACCAGAUGUGGCCACAAACUCCUUGGCCAUCUUUGAAGGCAAGAUCAUGAGACUGAAGGAAGAGAGAGACAAUGUCACCAAGGCCAAGGAAGCCUUGGAGCUGGCAGAACCAGGUGUACUGAGCCCCACAGAGGACCGUAUGCAGGUGGCGCUGGAGGAGCUCCAUGACCUGAAGGGGGUGUGGGCGGAGCUGUCUAAGAUCUGGGAACAGGUUGAUGACAUGAAGGAGAAACCCUGGAUGUCUGUGCAGCCUAGGAAGUUGCGUCAGACUAUCGAUGCCCUGCUGAACCAACUACGUGACCUGCCUGCCAGACUGAGGCAGUACGCCUCCUAUGAACACGUGAAGAGAGUACUCCAAGGGUAUGCCAAGGUGAAUGUGAUGGUGAUAGAGUUGAAGUCGGAGGCAGUGAAGGAACGUCACUGGAAGCAAUUGAUGAAGCGUCUCCAUGUGUCCUGGGUGCUGUCUGAGUUGACCCUUGGUCACCUGUGGGACGUUGACCUCCAGAAGAAUGAGGCCACUAUUAAAGACAUCAUCUUAGUGGCACAGGGUGAAAUGGCCCUGGAGGAAUUCUUGAAGCAAGUGAGUGAGGUGUGGAAGACCUAUGAGCUGGAGAUGGUGAACUACCAGAACAAAUGUCGUCUGAUCCGUGGCUGGGAUGAUCUAUUCACCAAAGUCAAGGAGCACAUCAACAGUAUCACUGCCAUGAAGCUGUCACCAUACUACAAGGAGUUUGAAGAUGAUGCCCUGUCCUGGGAGGACAAGCUGAACCGUAUCAGUGCUCUGUUUGAUGUAUGGAUUGACGUCCAGCGUCGCUGGGUGUACUUGGAGGGGAUCUUCACAGGCAGUGCUGAUAUCAAGCACCUGUUGCCUGUAGAGACCUCACGAUUUCAGAGUGUGUGCACAGAGUUCCUUGGUCUGAUGAAAAAGGUGUCCAAGUCCCCUCUGGUCAUGGACGUUGUCAACAUCCCCAAUGUCCAGAGACAGCUGGAGAGGCUGGCUGAUCUACUGGGGAAGAUACAGAAAGCUCUGGGAGAGUACCUGGAGAGAGAAAGGGCAUCUUUCCCCAGGUUCUACUUUGUUGGUGAUGAAGACUUGCUGGAGAUCAUUGGUAACAGUAAGAACAUCCCCAGGCUGCAGAAACACUUCAAGAAGAUGUUUGCUGGUGUCAGCGCUAUCCUGCUGAAUGAAGACAACACAGUGGUGCUGGGAGUCUCCUCAAAGGAGGGAGAGGAGGUGAUCUUCCACACCCCAGUGUCAGUGGCUGACCACCCUAAGAUCAACGAGUGGCUCACUCUGGUGGAGAAAGAGAUCAGACUCACCCUGGCCAUACUGUUGGCUCAGGCUGUACAGGGGGUGGCUGCCUUCAAGACAGAGAGCAUCAAUGCUCAGCAGUAUCUGGAGUGGAUUGACAAGUAUCAGGGCCAGCUAGUGGUCCUUGCCUCCCAGAUCAACUGGUCAGAGAACGUGGAGGCAGCUCUGCAGCAGAUCUCCAGCUCUGGGAAGACUGGUGACCUGAAACCCAUGGAGAAUGUCCUGCUGACUGUCCAGUCCACCCUCAAUGUGCUGGCUGACUCUGUCCUCCAUGAACAACCACCUGUCAGGAGGAAGAAGAUGGAACAACUGAUCACAGAGCUGGUUCACCAGCGUGACAUCACCAGGAUGCUGGUUGAGAACAAGGUCACCAAUCCCAAGGCCUUUGAUUGGCUCAUGCAGAUGCGCUUCUACUUCGACCCCAAGAACCCAGAUCCCCUGCAGCAGCUGUCUAUCCAGAUGGCAAACGCCAAGUUCAACUAUGGCUUUGAGUAUCUGGGCGUCCAGGAGAAGCUGGUUCAGACCCCGUUGAGUGACCGCUGUUACUUGACCAUGACCCAGGCUCUGGAGGCCAGACUUGGAGGAUCUCCAUUUGGCCCAGCAGGUACUGGCAAGACAGAGACUGUCAAGGCCCUGGGCAACCAACUGGGAAGAUUUGUGCUGGUCUUUAACUGUGACGAGAACUUUGACUUCCAGGCAAUGGGCCGUAUCUUUGUUGGCCUGUGCCAGGUGGGUGCCUGGGGUUGCUUUGAUGAGUUCAACCGUCUAGAAGAGCGCAUGCUGUCUGCUGUCUCCCAGCAGAUCCAGUCUAUUCAGGAGGCUCUGAAGCAGCUGGCUGACCAGGAGAAGAAGGGUAACACUGUCACAGUGGAGAUCAUUGGCAAGACAGUGAAAGUCAACCCAGACAUGGCCAUCUUCAUCACGAUGAACCCUGGAUACGCGGGGCGCUCCAACCUGCCCGACAACUUGAAGAAGUUGUUCCGCAGUCUGGCUAUGACCAAGCCUGACCGCCCCCUGAUUGCACAGGUGAUGCUGUACUCACAGGGAUUCAGAAUGGCUGAGAAGUUGUCUGCAAAGAUUGUGCCCUUUUUCAAGCUGUGUGAUGAGCAGCUCUCCCCACAGUCUCACUAUGACUUUGGCUUGCGUGCCCUGAAGAGUGUCCUGGUCAGUGCUGGCAAUGUGAAGAGAGAGCACAUCAUGAGGGUGAAGGAGCAGAUGGUGGCCAGGGGAGAACAGGUGGACGAGGCCUCCAUUGCUGAGAAACUGCCUGAACAGGAGAUCCUGAUCCAAUCUGUGAUGGAGACUGUUGUUCCCAAGCUGGUGGCAGAAGACAUCCCCCUGCUGAACAGCCUGCUAUCUGACAUGUUCCCUGGCAUCCAGUACACCGCUGCUGAGAUGUCUGCUCUGAAGCAGGAGAUCAGGAAGGUCUGCCAGGAUAUGUACUUGUCAUGUAACGAGGAACAAGGGGGCACCUGGCUGGAGAAGGUUCUUCAGCUGUACCAGAUCAGCCAGAUCCACCAUGGUUUGAUGAUGGUGGGACCCAGUGGCAGUGGGAAGAGCACAGCUUGGAGAGUGCUGCUGAAAGCAUUGGAGAGACUGGAAGGGGUGGAGGGAGUGGCCCAUGUCAUUGACCCCAAGUCCAUCUCCAAAGAGGCUCUGUACGGCACACUGGACAUCAACACCAGGGAAUGGACUGAUGGAUUGUUCACACACAUCCUCAGAAAGAUCAUAGACAACGUAAGAGGGGAGAUCAACAAGCGCCAGUGGAUAGUAUUUGAUGGAGAUGUGGACCCAGAGUGGGUGGAGAACCUGAACUCUGUGCUGGAUGACAGCAAGCUGCUCACACUGCCCAAUGGAGAACGUCUGGCCAUUCCACCCAAUGUGCGCAUCAUGUUUGAGGUCCAGGACCUGAAGUACGCCACCCUGGCCACUGUGAGCCGCUGUGGUAUGGUCUGGUUCAGCGAGGACGUCCUCUCCACUGAGAUGAUCAUAGACAACUACAUGAAGAAGCUGCGCAAUGUUCCUGUGGAGGAGGGAGAGGAGGAGAAACCUACCGCCAAACACGGGGCAGAGGCAUCGGAGGAUGACCUCUCACCUACCAUACAGACCCAGAGAGACGUGGCAGCCAUCUUGAUGCCGUACUUUGCCUCAGAUGGUCUGGUGAUCAGGUGUCUGGAGUAUGCCUUCAGCCUGGAGCACGUCAUGGACUUCACGCGACUACGUGCCCUGGGCUCGCUGUUCUCUAUGCUCAACCAAGCAACCAGGAAUGUGCUCAGCUACAACCACAACCACUCUGACUUCCCAAUGCAGCAAGACCAGCUGGAGCGUUACAUCCCCAAGAGUCUUGUGUACUCCCUGCUGUGGUCCCUGGCUGGAGACGGAAGACUGAAGAUAAGACAAGAGCUGGGUGACUUCAUCCGUGGAACUACCACAAUUCCUCUGCCUGCCAACUCCAGUGCUCCAAUCAUUGACUUUGAGGUGACCAUAGCUGGGGAGUGGGUGGCCUGGCAGAACAAGGUGCCCCAGAUAGAGGUGGAGACACACAAGGUGGCUGAGCCAGACGUGGUGGUCCCCACCCUGGACACUGUACGCCAUGAGUCCCUGCUGUACACCUGGCUGGCUGAACACAAGCCCAUGGUACUGUGUGGACCUCCUGGCUCUGGGAAGACCAUGACACUGUUCUCUGCUCUCAGAGCACUGCCAGACAUGGAGGUUGUUGGGCUGAACUUCUCCAGUGCCACCACCCCAGAGUUGAUGCUGAAGACCUUUGACCACUACUGUGAGUACAGACGUACCCCCAACGGCAUAGUACUGGCCCCAGUACAGCUGAACAAGUGGCUGGUGCUCUUCUGUGACGAGAUCAACUUGCCAGAGAUGGAUGCUUAUGGCACCCAGAGAGUGAUCUCAUUCCUUCGCCAGAUGGUGGAACAUGGUGGCUUCUAUCGUACCACAGAUCAGCAGUGGGUGAAGUUUGAGAGAAUUCAGUUUGUGGGUGCCUGUAACCCACCCACUGACCCAGGCAGGAAACCUCUCUCCCACAGAUUCCUGCGCCAUGUCCCAGUGAUCUACGUGGACUACCCUGGCAAGACCUCCCUGACCCAGAUCUACGGCACCUUUAACAGGGCCAUGCUCAGGAUCAUCCCCAGCCUCAGACCCUAUGCUGACCCUCUGACCAAUGCCAUGGUGGAGUUCUACACUAUGUCACAGGAGAAGUUCACCCAGGACAUGCAGCCCCACUACAUCUACAGUCCUCGUGAGAUGACCCGCUGGGUGCGCGGAAUCUGUGAGGCCAUACGCCCCCUGGAGUCACUCCCAGUGGAAGGACUGGUCAGGAUCUGGGCUCACGAGGGUCUGAGAUUGUUCCAGGACAGACUGGUAGAUGAAGAGGAGAGGGUCUGGACAGACCAGAACAUAGACUCUGUGGCUUUGGCCCACUUCCCUAACAUAGACAGGAAUACUGCCCUGGAGAGACCCAUACUGUUCAGUAACUGGCUGUCCAAGGAUUACAUCCCAGUGGAUAGAGAGGAACUGAGAGACUAUGUCAAGGCUAGGCUGAAGGUCUUCUAUGAGGAAGAGCUGGACGUCCCACUGGUCCUGUUCAACGAGGUACUGGACCACGUCUUGCGUAUUGACCGUAUCUUCCGACAGCCCCAGGGGCACCUGCUGCUGAUUGGUGUUAGUGGCUCUGGAAAGACCACACUGUCCAGGUUUGUGGCCUGGCUCAAUGGACUCAGUGUGUUCCAGAUCAAAGUGCACAACAAGUACACAGGAGCUGAUUUUGAUGAGGAUCUGAGAGCUGUGCUCAGGAGAUCUGGGUGCAAGGGAGAGAAAAUCACCUUCAUCAUGGACGAGUCUAAUGUCCUGGACUCUGGGUUCCUGGAGAGAAUGAACACCCUGCUGGCCAAUGGCGAGGUCCCGGGGUUGUUUGAGGGGGAUGAGUACACCACCCUGAUGACCCAGUGUAAGGAGGGGGCCCAGAGGGAGGGGCUGAUGCUGGACACCAGUGAGGAGCUCUACAAGUGGUUUACACAGCAGGUCAUGGUGAACCUCCAUGUUGUCUUUACAAUGAACCCAUCUUCUGAGGGACUCAAGGACAGAGCUGCCACCUCACCUGCUUUAUUCAACAGAUGUGUCAUCAACUGGUUUGGAGACUGGUCCACAGGAGCUUUGUACCAAGUAGGCAAGGAGUUCACCAACAAGAUUGACCUAGAGAAGAGCAACUAUGUUCCUCCUAACUAUCUUCCUCUGGCCUACGAAGGGGUGCCCAACCCACCAACCCACAGGGACGCUGUCACCAAUGCCUUUGUAUUUGUCCACCAGACUCUCCACCAGGCUAAUGUGAAGAUGUUGAGAAGAGGAGGGAGAACUAUGGCCAUCACCCCCAGACAUUACCUGGACUUCAUCAACCACUAUGUGAAGCUGUUUGUGGAGAAGAGAUCUGACCUUGAAGACCAGCAGCUCCACUUGAAUGUGGGUCUCCAGAAGAUCCGCCAGACCACAGACCAGGUGGAGGAGCUGCAGAAGUCCCUCUCCAUCAAGAGAAUAGAACUGGAGGAGAAGAAUGCUGCAGCCAAUGCUAAGCUGAAGGACAUGGUAAAAGACCAGCAGGAGGCAGAGAGGAAGAAAGUGACCUCCCAGGAGAUCCAGGCUCAGCUGGCAGCACAGACCAAGGUGAUCCAGGAGAAACAGAAGAGUGUGAAGGAGGAUUUGGACAAGGUGGAACCUGCUGUUAUUGAGGCUCAACAAGCUGUCAAAUCUAUCAAGAAGCAGCACCUGGUCGAGAUCAGGGCUCUCCCUAACCCUCCCCCUGCUGUCAAGCUGGCCCUGGAGUCUGCCGCCACACUGCUUGGAGAGACGGACCUGGACUGGAAGUCUAUGCGUGGAUUCAUCACAAAGGAUAAUUUUAUUCCUUCCAUUGUCAGUUUUGAGGCUGAAGAUAUCAGUGAUGAUAUUCGUUCCAAGAUGAAGCAGAAAUACUUAAACAACCCUGACUUCACGUACGACAAGGUCAACAGAGCUAGCUUGGCAUGUGGGCCCAUGGUGAAAUGGGUCAUUGCACAGAUAAACUAUGCUGACAUGAUCAAGCGUGUGGAGCCGCUAAGAAAUGAGCUGAAGGCCCUGGAAGACGAGGCUGACAUCAACAAGCACAAGAACAAUGAGGUGAACAAGCUGAUCAGUAACCUGGAAAAGAGUAUUGCCAAGUACAAGGAGGAGUAUGCUGUGCUUAUCAGUCAGGCACAGGCCAUCAAGGCAGACUUAGCAGCUGUGGAGACCAAGGUGGAGCGUAGUGUUGCCUUACUGAAGAGUCUGACCAGUGAACGUGAGCGCUGGGAACAAGGCAGCGAGGGCUUCAAGGCGCAGAUGUCCACCAUCAUUGGGGAUGUGUUACUGUCUGCGGCUUUCCUGGCUUAUGCUGGUUACUUUGACCAGCAGAUGCGUCACAACCUGUUUACCACUUGGUGUCACCACCUGCAGCAGGCACAUGUGCAGUUCAGGCAGGAUCUUGCUAGAGUGGAGUACCUGUCAUCUGCAGAUGAACGUCUGCGCUGGCAAGCUAACGCCCUCCCAGCAGACGACCUGUGUGUAGAGAACGCCAUCAUGUUGGGCCGCUUUAACCGCUACCCCCUGAUUAUCGACCCGUCUGGCCAGGCCACAGAGUUCAUCAUGAAUGAGUACAAGGAGAAGAAGAUCACUAAGACAAGUUUCUUGGAUGAUGCUUUCCGUAAGAACCUGGAAAGUGCAUUGAGAUUUGGAAAUCCACUUCUUGUACAGGAUGUGGAGAACUAUGACCCUAUCCUGAACCCUGUAUUGAACAGAGAGCUGCGCCGCACUGGGGGCAGAAUUCUGAUCACCCUGGGAGACCAGGACAUUGAUCUGUCUCCCUCAUUCACCAUCUUCCUCUCCACCAGGGAUCCCACGGUGGAGUUCCCCCCAGAUAUCUGUUCCCGUGUGACCUUUGUGAACUUCACAGUGACCCGCAGUAGUCUCCAGAGCCAGUGCUUGAACCAGGUGCUGAAGGCAGAGAGACCAGACAUUGACGCCAAGAGAUCAGAUCUGUUGAAACUUCAAGGUGAGUUUGCCCUACGUCUGCGCCACCUGGAGAAGUCCUUACUGCAAGCCCUGAAUGAUGUGAAAGGCAGGAUCCUGGAUGAUGACAGCAUCAUCAGUCAUCUGGAGACCUUGAAGAACGAGGCUGCUGAGGUACAGAAGAAGGCGGAGGAGACGGAUGUUGUCAUGGCGGAAGUCGAGACCGUCUCUCAACAGUACGUACCACUGGCACAGUCCUGCAGUAGCAUCUACUUCACUCUGGAGUCUCUGAACCAGGUUCACUACCUGUACCAGUUCUCUCUGCACUUCUUCCUGGACAUCUUCAGUGCUGUGCUCCAUGACAACUCCAAACUGGACAGUGUCAAGGACUAUACCAAGAGACUGGAGGUCAUCACCAAUGACCUCUUCCAGGUCACCUUCAACCGCGUGGCCCGAGGUAUGCUGCAUCAUGAUCAACUGGUCAGUGGCCUCCUCUUGGCAAGAAUCCACCUCAAACAACUGCCCAGUGAGCCAUCCUAUGAGGCAGAGUUCCUCCACUUCAUGCGUGGCAAGGAGGGUCUGAUGACAGAGGGACUCCCCAGUGUGGAAGGACUGCAGCCAGACACCGUGCAGGCCAUGGUCCGGCUGGCCAAACUCCCCGCCUUCAGGGGAAUCAUGGCUAAGGUCAACAAGAACCCGGAUUUCUUUGCCUGGUUGAAGACGGUCUCUCCAGAACAUGAUGUCCCUGUGAUAUGGGACGAAGGAACUCCACUAAGUAGUAUAGGCAAGGCCCUGUACCAGAUGUUGGUCAUCCAGACCUUCCGACCUGACCGUCUGCUGGCCAUGGGACACACCUUUGUUGUCACGGUGAUGGGGAAUAUGUUCUUCCAUGAUAUAGAACAGGAGGUCAACCUGGCCGCCAUUGUGGAGAAUGAGAUCCGUGCCAACACCCCUAUCCUGCUGUGCUCAGUACCAGGUUAUGAUGCCAGUGGUAGAGUGGACGACCUGGCCGCUGAACUCAAUAAACCAGUCUCUUCUAUUGCCAUAGGCUCUGCUGAAGGUUUUGAUGAGGCAGCCAAGGUGAUCAACUCAGCUUCCAGGGCAGGCAAGUGGGUGAUGUUGAAGAAUGUCCACCUUGCCCCAGGAUGGCUGGUACAGCUGGAGAAGAAACUUCACAGUCUACAACCACACCCCAACUUCAGACUGUUCCUCACCAUGGAGAUCAAUCCUAAGCUCCCAGUGAACCUGCUGCGUGCUGGACGUAUCUUUGUGUUUGAGCCACCUCCAGGUGUGAGAGCCAACUUAUUGAGGACCUUCAGUACUGUGCCCUCAGUACGCAUGGGCAAGGCUCCCAGUGAGAGAGCUCGUCUGUACUUCCUCCUGGCCUGGUUCCAUGCUAUAGUCCAGGAGAGGCUGACCUAUGUCCCCCUGGGAUGGUCCAAGAAGUAUGAGUUUAAUGAGUCUGACCUGAGAUGUGGCUGUGACACCAUUGAUACCUGGGUGGACAUGGUGGCAAUGGGCCGCAGUAACCUGCCCCCAGAGAAGAUCCCAUGGGAUGCGCUGAGGAUUCUCCUGUCCCAGUGUAUCUAUGGCGGCAAGAUUGACAAUGACUUUGACCAGCGCCUCCUUAACUCCUUCCUGAACAAGCUGUUCACACCUAAGAGUUUUGAUGCAGACUUCCCACUGGUAACUGCAGCAGAGGCUGGCAAAGCUAUCACCAUGCCUGAUGGCAUCAGACGUGAGCAGUUUGUCCAGUGGUCAGAUAACAGGACAGAGCUCCAGACCCCCUCAUGGCUGGGACUGCCCAACAAUGCUGAGAUUGUCCUCCUCACUAACCAAGGCUCUGACCUUGUGAACAAGAUGCUGAAGAUGCAGCUCCUGGAAGAUGAUGAGGAGUUGGCGUACGGAGGGGUGGAGGAAAAGAAGAAGAAGGAAGCAGACGGCAGACCUGCCUGGAUGAGAAUACUGCACAACUCCGUUGUCAACUGGUUCAAACUGGUUCCUAAGAAACUUAAUAUCUUGCGCAGAACAGCAGAGAACAUCAAAGACCCGCUCUUCCGCUUCUUUGAGCGCGAGGUCAACACGGGUGCGCGCCUUCUUCAAGACAUGCGACGUGACAUGGAUGACAUCAUGCUGAUUUGCCAAGGUCAGAAAAAACCAACCAAUCAUCACAGAUCAAUGAUGAGUGACCUGCCAAAGGGCAUAAUCCCAUUAUCCUGGAAGCGUUACACAGUGCCCAGUGGUAUGACAGUGAUAGAGUGGAUCACAGACUUCAGUGAGAGGAUCAAACAGCUCCAGGCCAUCUCUGCUGCCUCACAGUCUGGAGGAGCCAUGGAGCUGAAGAACUUCACUGUGUGGUUAGGAGGGUUGUUUAUACCAGAGGCCUAUAUCACAGCCACCAGACAGUAUGUAGCCCAGGCCAACAGCUGGUCUCUGGAGGAGCUCUACCUGCAGGUGUCAGUGUCCAACAAAGGCCAGGACCUGAAGCUGGAUGACUGUAGUUUUGGAGUGAAGGGAUUGAAGCUACAGGGAGCUCUGUGUGAGAACAACAAACUGAAGCUGUCCUCCACCAUAUCCACUGACCUGCCUUUUACUGCCCUGGGCUGGAGAAGAAUGGAGAGUGGGAAGAAACCCCAGGGUAAAGUAACCCUGCCUGUGUACCUGAACAGUACCAGGGCCCAGCUACUGUUCACCCUGGACUUUGACACCCAGGACACAGGCUCUGGCAGAGAUCACAGCUUCUACGAGAGGGGCGUGGCUUUGGUCUGCUCUAAUCUCUGAAUGGCUGAUAUUGGUGUGGAUUCCUAACUCCACACGGACUGAAUUGACUACUAAUGCGUAUAAACUGUCAUAGUUUGUGAAAUCGUCAUUAUGAACUUUGUCUGUGGCUGAAUUAAUAGACUUGAAAAUGCUUUGGUUGUAGACGUCACAUUUAUUAGAUAUUCACCAAAAAAGGGGAUCUUAACAUUAUUCAGAACUGACUUUAUAUAUAGUGACUUCAAGGAUCGGUAAUAUUUCAUGAAAUUUGUAGUGUGCAAAGGAUAAGAAGUACAUUCAUUGUACAAAUGAAUUUGAUACCUUAGGGUUGUCCAUACUGCCGUGUAGGAAAUGGAAAGAUACCGAACUGAAGAACUGUGCCUAAAUGACAUACUUUUUCUGCUCUUCUGAAAUGUGUAACACACGUGGUUCCAGUUUGCUUUUUUCCCCACUAUAUCACGUAUUACAGUAUACAAAUGUGAACAUGACGUGUUAAUCCAAUUAAUAAGGUUGACUGACCUAUAUUAACGAUUUGCCCUGUAUUGCAUGCACUGAAAUAAAUAGAGUAGAAA